UGCUGGUGGACUUAAUGUGCAAACAAAGCACGAUAACAAGAAUAAAUUAUACAGUGUUUAAAACGAGUAAGUAGUUAAAUGUAUUAUUGAAUGCACUAGCCUACCCGAAAGAAUGUUAGCAUUUGAAAAUUGCACGAGGAUAUAAAAAAAAAAAAGCGAGAGCGUGUGUAGUCAUUCUUUCGUAAUUGAAUAUAUUGAGUAUGGAGUGAAAUGUAAGCUCAUUCGUUGUUCUGUUUGUUAUUUUUAAAAUUACUACAAUGACUUUUUGGAUAGUGUUCCUAGUUUUGUUCUCUGACUUGUGGUACACUGGGUCUACCAGCCGUACUGGCCCCAAUAUCGUUCUCAUUUUUGCCGAUAACAUGGGGUUCGGCGAUCUGGGGUGCUAUGGACAUCCGACUUCAAUAACCCCAAACCUCGAUAUAAUGGCAGCCAAUGGAUUGCGAUUUACCGAUUUCUACUCCGCCAGCCCCGUGUGUAGCCCUUCUAGGGCAGCUCUGUUGACAGGCCGCUACCAGACUCGCUCUGGAGUUUACCCUGGUGUCUUCUACCCUGGGUCGAAAGGUGGACUCCCACUAAAUGAGACCACUAUUGCAGAGGUCCUCAAGCCCUUGGGUUAUGCUACAGCCAUGGUUGGCAAGUGGCACCUGGGCAUUGGAGCCAAUGGAAGCUUCCUACCUGUCUACCAGGGAUUUGACCAUUACCUAGGUGUGCCUUACUCUCACGACCAGGGCCCUUGCCAGAACCUGACCUGCUUUCCUCCAGACACAAAGUGUUAUGGGAUGUGUGACCAAGGGGCGGUCCUGCUGCCAUUGUUUUUUAACAAUACAAUAAUUCAGCAGCCUGUGAGCUUCCCUGAUCUGGUGCCACACUACAACAAGUUCACCACAGAAUUCAUUACAGAGUCUGCCAGAAAAAAACAGCCCUUCUUUCUCUACUAUGCCUCACAUCACACACACUACCCCCAGUUUGCAAGUGCUUUAACUGCAGGAAAGUCUCUGCGUGGACGCUUUGGAGAUGCACUGAUGGAAUUUGACACUUCAGUGGGCGUGAUUCUGGAAGCACUAGAAGCAAGUGGUAUCCAAAAUAACACCUUUGUGUUCUUCACCAGUGAUAAUGGCCCUGAACUAUUGCGAAUGUCUCGUGGGGGGAACGCUGGACUCCUGAAAUGUGGGAAAGGAACAACAUAUGAGGGAGGGAUGAGAGAGCCUGCAAUUGCAUACUGGCCUGGAAGAAUCCAAGCAGGGGUUACUCAUGAGUUGGGAAGCACCUUGGACCUUCUGCCAACCAUUGCAGCUCUUGCACAGGCAAAGCUUCCUAGUGCACAGCUUGAUGGCUACGACAUGAGCAAUAUCCUGUUCUCAAGUCAAUCGAGCAUGAGAAAAACAAUGUUCUACUAUCCUGUUGACCCUUCUAUAAAACUGGGUGUGUUUGCAGUGCGAUAUGGGAAGUAUAAAGCACAUUACUACACACGAGGUUCUUCACACAGUGAAACAACCCCAGACCAUGACUGCCACAUCAUUGCCGGACUGAAGGCUCAUGAGCCACCCCUGCUGUUUGAUCUGGAGUCAGACCCCUCCGAGAAUUACAACCUAAUGGUCUAUGACUACCAGCCUGAGUACGACCUGGUGUUAAAGAAGAUACAGGAGCUAAAGGCCCAGUUUGAGGAGACAAUGGUUUUUGGAGAGAGCCAGACUGGAAAGGGAUCUGACCACUCACUGGAGCCCUGCUGUAACCCACAAUGCACUCCAAAACCUGCCUGUUGUUCUUGUAUUCCCUAAAGACUAAAACUGAAAGAAUUCUUGCUGCCCAACUCAAAAAAUAAAUAAACCAGUAACAGUA